CCCUGCUCCGGCCUGGAGACAAAGCUGUCCCAGGACUGCACGGCCUGCAGGGACCAGCGUGGAUCCCGACCUCUGUGUGUCUUAAAUCUGCAUGUUAAAUAUCCAUAAAUAACGUAUGUAACGUAAAUAAACAUAAAUAUCCCUAAGUAACAAUAUUCCUUGCACGUGAGGGUAGGAGCUGCUUGGAGGAGCCACCGCUGUGACAGCAGCAGCAGAGCAGGCCCAGGGAAUGUGCAGGUCCAUGGAUGCGCACGGCUCCUGACAGAGAAUUCCCGUCUCCUCCAGGGACUGGAGCACUCCAAGCGCAUGUACAUAGUGUUUGUUAAGUGUAGGGUUGAGGACAUUUAAGUUUCUGGCUUAUUAAAAGAAGAAAAAUAUUCUGCAAAAAUGUCAAAGAUUGAGAAAAUGAGUAUCCUCGGAGUGAGGAGUUUUGGGGUGGAGGAUAAAGACAAGCAAAUUAUCUCUUUCUUCAGUCCAUUGACUAUUUUGGUGGGACCGAAUGGUGCGGGAAAAACGACUAUUAUUGAAUGCCUUAAAUAUAUAUCCACUGGAGAUUUUCCUCCCGGAACGAAGGGAAACUCAUUUGUUCAUGACCCAAAGGUUGCCAAUGAAACAGAUGUUAGAGCUCAGAUUCGGUUGCAGUUUCGAGAUGUUAAUGGAGAACUUGUGGCUGUCCAGCGAUCCAUGGUUUGUACCCAGAAAGGCAAGAAAACAGAAUUUAAAACACUUGAAAGUGUCAUUACUAGAACAAAGCACGGCGAGAAGGUCAGUCUUAGCUCCAAGUGUGCAGAAAUUGAUCGUGAGAUGAUCAGCGCCCUUGGUGUCUCCAAGUCCGUCAUUAACAACGUCAUUUUCUGUCACCAAGAAGAAUCCAACUGGCCCUUAAGUGAAGGGAAGGCUCUAAAACAAAAGUUUGAUGAGAUCUUUUCAGCAACAAGGUAUAUUAAAGCACUCGAAACUCUCCGUCAGGUUCGACUGAAACAAAGCAUGAAAGUAAAAGAGUGUCAAACAGAACUGAAAUAUCUAAAGCAGAAUAGAGAAAAAGCACGUGAAAUCCAGGAUCAGCUUAGCAAUAGGGAGGCUCAGCUGGCUGCUUCUAAGGAGAAUGUAAAAUCUGUUGAAAGUCAACUUGACCUGCUAAUGAAUUCUCUGGCAGUAGUGGAACAGAAUCUCAUGAAAGUGAUGCGACUAGACAAUGACAUAAAAGCCCUGGAGAGCAGGAAGAAGCAGAUGGAAAAAGAUAAUCAAGAUCUGCAACAGAAAAUGGAAAAGAUUUUUCAAGGAACAGAUGAACAACUUAGGGAUAGAUAUCAGAACCACCAGAAAAUAGUGAAGGAAAAGGAGAAGAGAUUAUUAGAUUGUAAACGAGAACUAGACAGAGCUUCUAAAGAGUGCCAGAGAUUUAACAGCGAGAAGUCGGAAUUACUUGUUGAAAGAGGUCGCCUUCAGCUGCAAGCAGAUCGUCACCAAGAACACAUAACAAUGAGGGAUUCGUUAAUUCAGUCUUUGGCAGCACAGCUGGAAUUAGAGGGUUUUGAGCGAGCACCUUUUAAAGAAGGACAGAUUACCACUUUUCACAGGUUGUUGAAGGAGMGACAGGAGAGAGACAUAGAAGCUGCAAAUCAAUUAAUGAGAACCUUUGCACAAAAAGAAGCCACAAAGCAAAAGCUGAUAGAUGAAAUAAGAGAUAAGAAGACGGGAUUAGAAAGAACCAUUGACCUGAAAUCAGAUAUUCAAAAUAAGAAACAGAUUGAACUGAAGAACGUAAAAUAUGAAUUGCAGCAGUUGGAGGGGUCUUCAGACAGAAUUCUGGAGCUGGACCAAGAGCUUGUCAAGGCAGAACAUGAUCUGGCGAAGGCUGAGAAGAACAGUAAUGUAGAAGCRCUCGAGCAGGAAGUCAGAAGUCUGCAAAGUGAAAAAACAAACCUGGACAGGGCACUCCGCAAGCUGGAUCAGGAGAUGGAGCAGUUAAACCUACACACUACAGCAAUCACCCAAAUGGAGAUGCUGCAGAAAGACAAAGCAGAGAAAGAGGAACAAAUUAGAAAAGGAAAAUCAAGACAUUGUGAUGAGUUGUCAUUGCUGUUGGGAUACUUCCCAAAUAAAAAACAACUUGAAGAUUGGCUUCAUGGGAAAAAUAAAGAGAUUAAUCAGACAAGGGAUAAAAUUGCCAAACUGAACAAAGAAUUAGCUUCAGCAGAACAACAUAAAAAUUUUAUCAGCACUGAACUGAAAAAAAAAGAAGAACAAUUAUCAAAUUAUGAAGCAAARCUUUUUGAUGUUUGUGGAAGCCAAGAUUUUGACAGUGAUCUGAAAAAACUUCAAGAAGAAAUUGAAAAGAGUUCAAAACAACGAGCUAUGCUUACCGGAGCCACUGCAGUUUAUUCCCAGUUCAUUACACAGCUGACAGAAGAGAAUCAGCCGUGUUGUCCAGUUUGCCAAAGGGCUUUUCCAACGGAGGCAGAGCUGCAGGAUGUAAUUAGUGAUCUGCAGUCUAAGUUGCGUCUUGCUCCAGACAGGCUGAAGUCAACGGAGUCUGAGCUUAAAAAAAGAGAGAAGAAACGGGAUGAAAUGAUAGGGCUUAAACCAAUUAGGCAAACCAUAACUGAACUCCAGGAAAAGGAAAUACCAGGCUUGAGGAACAAGCUCCAAAGUGUCAACAGGGAUUUUACACGCUUAAAAAAUGAGAUAGAAGAACAGGAAACACUCUUGCACACAAUUCUGUCUGAGGAAGACAGUGCCAAGGCAUGUUUACAGGACAUAACACUUAUAGAAAGGUACCAGACUGAUAUUAGGGAUAUUGAAAGAAAAAUUGCUCAGCAGGCUGCUAAGCUAAUAGGAGUUGAUUUAAAUAGAACUGUUCUGCAAGUAAGCCAAGAAAAACAAGAAAAAAAACACUUGUGGGAUACAGUUACUGGUAAAAUUGAGCUAAAUCAAAAGCUUAAGCAAGACCAGCAAAAUCAGAUCCAACAGCUGAAGAGUACAGUUAAUGAACUUAAAUCAGAGAAACUUCAGAUUUCCAGCAGUAUGCAGCGUCGGCGGCAACUGGAGGAGCAAACAGUGGAAUUAACAACCGAGGUUCAGUCCUUACAUAGAGAGAUCAAGGAAGCAAAAGAGCAGGUUCUUCCUUUGAAUGCAACUCUAGAAAAACUGCAGCAGGAGAAGGAGGACCUAAUUAAUAAAAAGAAUGUGAGCAAUAAGGAGACGCAAGAGAAGAUAAAUGAUAUAAAAGAGAAAGUUAAAAAUAUAAGCAACUACAUGAAAGAAAUUGAUGACUACAUUCGACAUGGAAAAGAAGACUAUAAAAAGCAAAAGGAAUCUGAACUCGAGGAAGUAAAUUCUCAGUUAGCUGCCUGUGAGAAACACAAGGAAAAGAUAAGUAAAGAGAUGGAAAUGAUUCGACAAGAUAUAGACACCCAAAAGAUACAAGAGAGAUGGCUAGAGGAUAAUCUUACUUUGAGGAAAAGAAGUGAAGAGCUAAAAGAAGUUGAAGACGAAAUAAAACGGCUUAUGAAGGAGAAAGGAGAAAUGAAAGUCCUGCAGACAAAAAAUGAACAAAAACGUUUAGAGGAGAAAAUAGAAGAUCUAAAGAGAAACCAUCAUGUUGCCCUGGGCCGGCAGCGUGGAUUCGAGGAAGAGAUUGUUCGUUUUAAAAAGGAGCUUCGAGAGUCACAGUUCAAAGAUGCAGAGGAAAAAUACAGGGAAAUGAUGAUUGUUAUGAGAACAACAGAGCUGGUGAACAAAGAUCUGGACAUUUAUUAUAAGGCUCUUGACAAAGCAAUAAUGACAUUUCAUAGCAUGAAAAUGGAAGAAAUCAAUAAGAUAAUUCGUGAUCUUUGGCGAAGCACCUACAGAGGACAAGAUAUCGAGUAUAUAGAAAUUCGUUCUGAUGCAGAUGAGAGUGUUUCAGCAUCUGAUAAAAGAAGAAGCUACAACUACAGGGUAGUAAUGAUCAAAGGAGAUACGGCGCUGGACAUGCGAGGAAGAUGCAGUGCUGGACAGAAGGUGCUUGCUUCUCUUAUCAUUCGCCUUGCUCUAGCAGAAACCUUCUGUCUCAACUGUGGCAUCCUGGCACUAGAUGAGCCCACUACCAACCUCGAUCGAGAAAACAUAGAGUCCCUGGCCCAUGCCUUGGUGGAGAUAAUAAAAAGCCGAUCGCAGCAGCGCAACUUCCAGCUCCUGGUGAUAACCCACGAUGAAGAUUUUGUUGAACUUCUGGGCCGUUCGGAAUACGUGGAAACGUUCUACAGGAUCAAGAAGAACAUUGACCAGUGCUCUGAAAUCAUGAAGUGCAGAAUCAGCUCCUUAGGGUCAUAUGUUCAUUAGGAUUCCAAGUAAUUAGGUUUUAUAAACUAGUGUAGUUGCUUUACUUAAUAGAGCUGAAAUGAAAGCAUUUGGAAAUAGCAGUACACAAUAGCACAGGUAUGGGGAUUUGGAGGAAUUUCAGCUAGAAGCU